AUGGCAUCUAGUAGUACUACAAUUAUUGUUUCCGGUCAUAACGCACAGUGGGAAUGGGAAGGUGAUAAAAGUAUUUGGCAACAAUAUCCAACUAAUAUUCAACAAGAAAUAUCUCAAGCAUUCGAUGCUGGAAAUAAAGACGUGGAUGUUAAUAUAACAGAUGAAAUAAGUAUGACAAUAAAAUUUAGUGAUAUGACACAAGUUAAUAAAAAGACAAAAUUUAUGCGUCGUAUACGUCUUUGUCUUGAAUUAAAAGAUGAAAAUGGAUUUUUUGUUUAUGAAUGGCAAAAUGAAAAUAAAAAAUGGGAAUCUUAUGCAGCAGAGAUAAUGACUAAAAUAGCUGAUGCAAUUAAUAAUGAUCAAACAACAUUAUCUGUUACUUGUCAAAGUCGAUCAUAUGAUAUUGAUCUAAAGAAAUUGAUUCAAACAAAUACAAGUACGAAUGUCAUUCGAAAAAUUCAUCGUGUUAAAUCCAUGGCAAAAUUACCAUCGAAUACUUCAACAACAUCAAAUAAACGUUCAUUAGAAAGUCAAGAAGAACCAACACAAAGUACCACUAAAAAACGUGCCGUAUCUGCAUCAUCUGGACCAGAAAAGAGUUCAGAGGAAUUGAAACGAUCACCAGCUACUUUAUUAAUGAAUCAAACAGAUCGUUGGCGAGAACGUAAAGAACUUCUUGAACUUAUGGAUGCAACAUUACCAUUAUUACAAAAUGGAAAAAAUUGGCGUUUAAAUAGUGAAUUUUGGACACAACAACAACUUAUUGGAGAUGAUGAUACAGGAAUACAUACUACAUUAACACGUACGGAAACUGGUUUUCCACCACCAUUUGAAACAAUUGGUAAACCAAGUGUUGGUCUUCUUGAAACUGGUAUAGAUUUAACUAAUAAAAAUUCUCAAGUUUUAAAUCAACGACAAUGGUUUAAUUCUGAAUAUUUGGAAAAACGACUUAAUCAAUUAAAUCCAUAUAUGAAAGAAAUAGUUCCACAUAAAGCUGAUCUAUCAUCAUUAGAAAUUAUUGGUUAUGAUGCAACAAGACGUAAAAGUCAACAAAAAAAUAAUAUUGAAAUUCAUGUUUGUGAAAAAAACAAUGAAAAAGAUAAAGAAUAUGAAACAGAAAUUACAGAUAAUAUUCAAAUAAAUGAUAAUGAUAAAGAAAAUGAAAAUAUGGGCGAUACAUUUAAUGAUAUACCAGAUAUUGCUGAUGCACCUAUUAUGGGUCCAGCUUUAAAAAUUGAUACAUUUGUAUUUCAACAAAUGCCAAAUGUGAAUGAAAAUGAAGAACUUGAUUUUAUUUAUGAAAUUCGUGUUCAAUUUGAUAGUCAAGUUAAUGAUAGUGUAACACGUAUGGUUGAAAUAAAAAAUGUUGGAACAACAGUUUUUUAUUAUGAAUGGCAACAAAAACCAUAUACAAAACCAUUUGAUAUUGUUAAUUCAAAAGUUCAACGUUUCUAUUUUGAUAAUCGUACAAGUUCAAUAUUACCAAAUGAUACUCUGAAACUUUCAUUUGUAUUUAAAUCAACUGAACCAGGAAUAUUUACUGAACGUUGGCAAUUAUUAACACGUCCUGUUCUUUGUGGUGGUCGACCAAUUAUAUUUACAUUACGUGGAGUAACAAUUGAAGAAGAUAUUCAUCGACAAACACGUAUUAAUAUUGAAAAAACGCUUCUUCAUAAAGAAGCUGAAAGUAUUGUUCGAAAAAUUGUUUCUAAUAUAUUGGAUAAUGUUCGAACACCUGAACGAGCUCGUUCACCUGUUGGUUUCUAUAUGACCGAUCAAGAACAAUUUCAACAAAAUAAUCCUGAUCUCUAUUUUGAUUAUGAAAUAGUUGAACAAAUAAAACAAUUAUACGAACAAGUUGUACCAGAAUAUGAAGAACAAAAAUGGGAUUUAUCAAUUGAUACAUUACGCAAUCAAAUUUUAUCAUUUGAUGAAGAUAAUCCAAAUAAACAAAUAUUUCUUGAACAACUUAAUCAAGCUAUUCAUCAAUUAACACUUCAACCAAUAUUACCUUCUGAACAAACAACUUAUUUAGUUUGUUAUGAUAUUAUGAAUCAAUUUAUUGAUUCAUUUGUUGAUAAAAUGAUUAUUGUUCAUCAAAAACUUCAAAUUGAUGAACCAUCAAGUGAAUCUUAUCCAGAUAUUGAUUUAAAUGGUUAUGAAUUUGAAUCAUGGAAAAAAUUUUUUGAAUAUACAAAACAACAAGAAAAUGAAAAACGUAUCAAAAGUGCAGGUGGUGGUGCAAGUAAAGAUAAGAAGGCACCACCACCUUCAAAAUUAGAAAGAGGAAAAUCUCCAAAAAGAUCUCCGGCUCCAUCCCAAGCACCAUCCGCUGUUGGUAAACGUGGAACAGUUAGUGGUACUGCUUCUCAACUGAGUAAACGAUCAUCAUUCAUAAGUCCAGCUAAACCAGAUAAAGAACAUACUCAAUUAACACCAGAACAAUUAGAUGAACGUUUCAAAAUAAAUCAAGAAGCAUAUUUACCAGUAUAUACUUUAUUAUGUCAUACAUUGGAUCAUUUAGAACAAGCAUUAGAUGAUUUAUCAGAAAAAUCUCCAUCUAAUAAUGAAAAUACUCUUUAUACACAAUUAGCAACAUCAAUACAAAAUCAAUCAUUAAAUGUACUUGAUAUACUUAAAGAUGAAUUAACACGUAAUGUAACAUCAAUGGAUGUUGACAGUUUUUUUUAA